AUGAGACUUGCAUCUUUGAGCAUUCUUGCUGGUCUAGCAACUGCGCUUCCGAUUAACCCUCCAGAUCAGUAUGAGUACAUCAUCAUCGGAUCAGGGCCUGGUGGAGGGACUUUAGCUGCGAAUCUCGCGCGAGCUGGCCACUCAGUCUUCUUGAUAGAGGCUGGUGGUGAUCAAGGCAACACGCCUUUGCAGCGGAUCCCUGCCAUGGCAGAUCAAGUCGCUGAGCAUCCUAGCAUGUCAUGGUCCUUCUAUGUGAACCAUUACCAAAACGAGACUCAAGUCCGACGAGACUCCAAAUAUGCAUACAGACUAUCCAACGGCACCUUGUGGUCUGGCCUUGAUCCUCCCGAGGGCUCAGAACCACUUGGUAUACUGUAUCCUCGCGGGGCUACGCUGGGUGGUUCUGCUCAGCUUAAUGCCAUGAACUUCGCCUUGCCACCUGACAACGAUUGGGAUGCUAUCUCUGAACUAACCGGCGACGAUUCCUGGAGAUCUAAUAAGAUGAGGGAGCUGUUCAUCGACAUUGAAAACUGCACUUAUGCUCCAAAGGGGACUCCGGGCCACGGCUUUGGUGGGUACAUCCAGAGCAACCGGAACAACAUAUCAUACAUUGCUGAUCGUCCUGGCGUCGUACAAUCUCUGAAGCGUGCAUUUGAGAAAACAGAGGGCAUUCAAGUCAGCGAUGCCGCCGAAGUUGGCAUGUUCAUGCAACGAGAUAUCAAUAGAUUGGACAAAGAUCGAUAUUCGCCUGGCAUCUACCAAAUUCCUCUACAUGUGGAUAGCCUUCGACAGCGCAAUGGCGCAUGGCGAUAUUUACACGAGACAAUGACUGCUAGAACAGAAAAUGGACCUACUCGGUACCCUUUGACUGUCAGUACCCAUUCUCUGGCUACCCGUGUGCUGUUUAAAGACGGUCAGCAUGGUAAACUACAGGCCUACGGAGUCGAGUAUCUUAAGGGCGAAGGGUUAUACUCUGCCGAUAAACGCUACGAUGAGUCUGAGUCUGGCCGUUUGAUCAACGUCACCGCGUCAAGAGAAGUCAUUGUCGCGGGUGGCGCGUUCAACACGCCUCAGAUACUCAAGCUGAGUGGUAUCGGCCCUCGGGAGGAGCUCGAGAGUCUCGAGAUCCCGGUCAUCGUUGAUCUCCCAGCAGUCGGCAAAUAUCUACAAGACAACUAUGAAGGUGGCGUAACCGUCGAGGCUUCUGUGCCGUGGGAGAACAAUCCCUUUGAGAAUUGUCUCUUCACGCUUGAAGCCAACGAUACAUGCUAUCAGGAAUGGAACCGUUCUCAUACAGGGGCAUAUGGCGAAGGCGCAGCUCCGAUUUCACUUCUCUACAAAUCUAGCGCCAGCGAAACAAACGACACAGAUCUGUACCUCUUCGGAGCGGCCGGUACUGUGUUUCGAGGAUAUUUCCCCGGUUAUUCUACAUGGCAGGCCCCUCCAACAUCAUGGUUCUGGUCCAUUGUCAAAAUGCAGCCCGGCAAUCAAGCCGGAACAAUCACCCUCCGAUCAAAAGACCCCAGACAAGCACCAGAGAUCAACUUCAACUACUUCGCUGAGAAGGGAGAUCGAGACCUUCAGGCUAUACAGGAAGGCGUUGAGCAUACCAUGCGUAUCUUCAACGCUACAGGUGAACCUUACGCUCCAUUCAAGGUUGUUGAGCCCCGGCCUGGCGUAAGUAUUCGCCAGGGUAUCAUGGACGAUGCUUUUGGUCACCAUGCCACUUCUUCUUGUCGCAUGGGACCAGCGGGUGAUAGGAACUACUGCGUUGACUCGGAGUUCAAGGUCAACGGCGUGGAUGGACUUCGGGUUGUGGAUGCUUCGGUCUUCCCUCGUACGCCAGGAGGGUUCCCUGCCGCGCCGACUUUUAUGAUAAGUCAGAAGGCCUUUGGGGUGAUUAUGGGAAACAUCAGGGGAUAG